AUUUCCAGUCCAACGCCUACUGCAUGCGUAGCGUUAGAAAAUGGGGCUUUCAAAAAUAAAAGUUUGACUUUUUUCCGGGACGGUACGGGACGAAUACCGUUACACCCGUAAUACUAACCGAUAGGAAACAUUUACAAAUAACAUUUUAUUCCGCUAACGCUGCUCCGUCUCUACAAUCAGUCUUGUUUGUCAACUUUGAAUGCUGUGGGUUUACAAACCAUGACAUAAUACGCUACUUACAAUCUAUUUUCUAAAAUAAUGAUCCUCAAUAUUUUUCUGAAGCAACCAGCAUGACCGUCCAGAAUCAACAGAGAUGGACACAUAUGCCAUAUUUAAGUUAGUGGACGUACACAUCAAGAAAAUUGUCCUGCGAGAGCUUAAAAGCUAUGAAAGGAAGCUCUUUCCUCAUCUAUCACACAAUUCUGAGAGUGAAAUGCAAAAUGAGGACACCAUGACUUCUGAAGAAAUAAAGCCAGACAACGAUGCCAGUGAGGGUGUUCUAAAGAUCACGUUACAUGUUUUAAAGGAAAUGGGCCAGAGAGAAAUUGCUAACAAACUGGAGAAACACAUCUACGGUGAGCUUGAUGUCUGCCAGCGCAAACUCCGACACAAAUUGAAAAAGUUUGAAUACAUUUAUGAGGGAGUGGCACAGCACGGGACGCAGACACUUCUUAACAAGGUUUACACUGAGCUCUACAUCACAGAGGGAGUCGGUGGGACUGUAAAUAAUGAGCAUGAGGUCAGGCUGAUUGAGGCUGCAAACCGGAGACGAACAACAGAAGACAAACCAAUCAAGUGUGAAGAAAUCUUUCAGCCUCUGCACGAACAGGACAGAUUUAUCAGAACAGUGCUGACGAAAGGAAUCUCUGGCAUUGGGAAAACAAUCUCCGUGCAAAAGUUUAAUCUGGAAUGGGCAGAGGGAAGAGUUAACCAGGAUAUCCAACUGCUCAUUAAUCUUCCCUUUCGUGAGCUGAAUCUGAUGAAGGAGAGACUUUUCACACUGACUCAGCUUCUUCAACACUUUCUCGCAGAGGCCAAGGAAUCAGGAAUUUCAAAUUUUGGCAAAUACAAGGUCAUGCUGAUAUUUGAUGGGUUGGAUGAGUGCCGGCUUCCCCUGGCCUUUGACCUCAACAAGCCCUGCCGUUGUGACUCGGAGCCAGCUUCAGUGGAUGAGCUACUGACAAAUCUCAUCCAGGGGAACCUGCUUCCAUCAGCAAACAUCUGGAUAACCUCAAGACCUGCAGCUGCAAAUCGCAUUCCAGUCGUUCUGAUUGAUCGAGUGACGGAAAUACGAGGCUUCAACGACCCCAAGAAGGAAGAGUACUUCAGGAAGAAAAUCUCUGAUCAAAACAUGGCCUGUAAAGUUAUCUCACACGUUAAGUCAACCAGGAGCCUGCAUAUCAUGUGUCACAUACCAGUCUUCAGCUGGAUAACCGCCACCGUUCUGCAGAGAAUUUUAGAGCAAACUGAAAGGAAGAGAAAGCAGGAUGAUGGUGUAACAGGAGAGAUGCCUAAAACUCUGACGCAAAUGUACACCGACUUUCUUGUGUACAACUCGUUGAUAAGAACUCGAAAGUACUCAGAAGAACAAGAGGAACCACCGGCCCAGGAGAAAAUGGACGAAGAGAUGAUCUUGAAGCUAGGAAAACUGGCCUUUGAGCACCUGAUGAAAGGUAACAUGAUCUUCUAUGAGAAUGAACUGAAAGAGUACAACAUCAACAUUGCUGAUGCUGCAAUAUAUUCAGGUGUGUUCACACAGAUCUCUCAGAACGACUGCGGAUUUUACCGGGAGAUGGUGUACUGCUUUGUGCAUCUCAGCAUUCAGGAGUAUUUUGCAGCAAUGUUCAUUUUUCACAGAUUCAUCUGCUUCAAUCAGAACUUGCUUGAGCCGCACAAAACCAUUAUUGACCACGAGGCUCCCAGUGAAGCAACAAGCCUUCUCAAAAGUGCAGUGGAUAAGGCCCUGCGAAGCGAGAACGGACACCUGGAUCUGUUUCUGCGUUUUCUUCUCGGCCUCUCGCAGACCUCCAAUCAGAUCUUGCUGAAGAGCGUUCUGACCACGAUGGAGUGCAGUUCACAGAGAAAUGAAGAAAUUGCAGAGUACAUCAAGGACAAGAUCAGGCAAAAUCUCUCCCCGGAAAGAUGCAUCAAUCUCUUCCACUGCCUCAAUGAGCUGAAUGAUCAGUGUCUCUUGGAGGAAAUCCAGAAAUACCUGUGCUCUGGUUGUUUGUCAGAGAUUCAACUGUCGCCUUCACUGUGGUCUGCUCUGGUCUUUGUGUUGCUGACCGCAAAGGAAGAGUUGGAUGAGUUUGACUUGAGGAAAUAUUCGAGAUCAGAGGAAGGUCUCCUGAGGCUGCUGCCAGUCAUCAAAGAGUCCAGAGUAGCCUUGUUAAAAGAAUGUAGCCUUACAGAGAAAUCCUGCAAAUUAAUUGGAGAUGUUCUAAGCAACUCAUAUCUGAAAGAACUGGACCUGAACGAUAAUGAUCUGCAAGACUCGGGAGUAGAGUUGCUGUCUACUGGACUGGCAAGUCCAACAUGUCAGCUAGAGAAACUGAGGCUGCAGUUCUGUGGGAUCACAGAGAUUGGCUGUGGCCAUUUGGCUACUGCUCUUAAAGCCAACCCAAGCCACCUGAAGGAACUCGAUCUGAGCUACAAUCAUCCAGGACAGAGAGGGGAGGAGCUGUUGUCCUGUUUACAGAGGGACAUUGAACACCUCACUGUCAGAUUAAAUGGCAAUGCGGAAUGCUACUUAAAAUCAUCUCUGAAGAAAUAUGUAUGUGAGCUCACGUUGGAUGUGAAUACUGCCCACUCAAACUUGUCUUUGUCUGAAGACAAAAAAAAGAUGACGCGAAUGGAAUCAGUUCAGCCAUAUCCUGACAGCCCAGAAAGAUUCACAGACUGGGGGCAAGUUCUCAGUAAAGAGGGUCUGCAUGCUCGUCACUACUGGGAGGUAGAGUGGACUGGCGAAUGGACUGGUGUUGGAGUGGCUUAUAAAGGAAUCAGCAGGAAAGAGAAAGGAAACGAAUGUGUCCUUGGCUACAAUGAUAAGUCCUGGAGUCUGCGCUACUGUCGCGGCAAAUACAGCACAUUGUUCAAUAAGAGCGACGCAGACAUAUCUGUUCCCUACUUCCACUCCAAAAGGAUUGGGGUGUUCUUAGACUGGCCGGCUGGCACGCUGUCCUUCUACGCUGUAUCUCCAAAUGCCAUGACACACCUGCACACGUUCCACACUGAGUUCUCUGAGCCACUGUAUCCAGGAUUUAGGCUGGGGUUUCCAGAUUCUUCAUUGAUUCUGUGCCAGCCAGAAUACCCUUAAAGGUCAACUAUUAUGCAAAAUCCACUUUUUCAUAUCUUUUACACAUAAACAUGUGUCCCCUCUGUGUGAAGAGACUCUGAA